GGCAGCGUUCCGAGGGGCUGGAGCGCGGCGGAGCCAUGCAAUACCCACACCCCGGGCCGGCGGCUGCGGCGGGCGCAGUGGGGGUGCCGCUGUAUGCGCCCACGCCACUGCUGCAGCCCGCACACCCGACUCCCUUCUACAUCGAGGAUAUCCUGGGCCGUGGGCCCACUGCGCCCACGCCCACCCCUACGCUGCCGUCCCCCAACUCCUCCUUCACCAGCCUCGUGUCCUCCUACCGGACCCCAGUGUACGAGCCCACGCCGAUCCAUCCCGCCUUCCCGCACCCCUCGGCCGCCGCGCUGGCCGCUGCCUAUGGCCCCGGUGGCUUCGGAGGCCCUCUGUACCCCUUCCCGAGGACGGUGAACGACUACACGCACGCCUUGCUGCGCCACGACCCCUUGGGCAAACCUUUGCUCUGGAGCCCCUUCUUGCAGAGGCCACUACAUAAAAGGAAAGGCGGCCAGGUGAGGUUCUCCAACGACCAGACUAUCGAACUGGAGAAGAAGUUUGAGACCCAGAAAUACCUCUCCCCUCCCGAACGGAAGCGUCUGGCCAAGAUGCUGCAGCUCAGCGAGAGGCAGGUCAAAACCUGGUUUCAGAAUCGGCGGGCUAAGUGGAGGAGACUAAAACAGGAGAACCCUCAAAGCAAUAAAAAGGAUGAAUUGGAAAGUUUGGACAACCCUUCUGACCAGGGACAAGACUUGCCCAGUGAACAGGAUAAAGGUGCGAUACUGGAUAGCUCUCAGUGUUCCCCCUCCCCUACCUCUCACGAAGACCUGGACUCCGAGGUUUCAGAGGACUCUGAUCAGGAAGUGGACAUCGAGGGUGAUAAAGGCUACUUUAAUGCCGGAUGAUGGUCACUGACAUGUUCUGAAAACUGGAUUUGGGAGUUAACAUUCUUCACAGAAGAACUGGAAAACUGUAUAAAAAAUGGAAAUCCAUGAUAUGCUGUUUUCUGGACACCCAGAAUAUUUGGUGCACUGGCUAAUUAACAAACCUCCAUUGAAACCUUAAUUUUCACUUAACAAAUGAUGUCCAUAUUGUUUUUACAUUUUGAUAUAGUGACUGAAAUUCAUACCCCCUUUUUUUAAGAAAAGAAAAUUGUUUCUAUUUAUAAGAAGUAAUUUUGAACUUGUUAAAAAAUUUAAGUUAUACCUUAAAGGUUUUACUAGGUGCUCUACUAGGUGAAUGACUUUUCUAUAAUUGUUAUAUCCUACUUGAUAGAAAAGCAAAGGAAAAAUUUCAAUCCAGAGGUAGGUCAUG